AACUAUCACAUAUUUCAUUGGCUCCUGCAAACUUCACUGGUUAAACAGUCAGUACUGCCUCUAGAGAUAAAUAAGGGUGUGUGCAGACAGUACUUGUCAGAGAACUGAGAAGCAAACAUGGACAUACAGAGCAAGGUGGAAAAGAGGGAACACUGGAGUAAGAAAAGAGAAUAUAUCCUGGCAUCUGCUGGCAAUGUGGUGGGCCUGGGCAAUGUGUGGAGAUUCCCUUACCUUUGCUACAAGAAUGGUGGAGGUGCCUUCCUGUUGCCUUACCUUUUCUUUGCUGUACUGUGUGGCAUGCCACUCUUCCUCCUGGAAACUGUGAUUGGUCAGUACACACAGGAGGGCACUAUCACCUGCUGGACCAAGCUCUGCCCGCUGGCACAGGGAGCUGGUUAUUCUAUCAUCAUGAUCCAGCUAUAUUCCAGGGUCUACAGCAUUGUUCUAGCCUGGGCCCUUCUCUAUCUUGUUUACUGUUUCCGAGACCCUCUGCCCUGGGCUACCUGCAACAAUUCCUGGAACACAGAUAGAUGUGUGGACAUUACCUCUGCAAACCAGACUGCAGUACACAGUGACAAUGUGACAAUAGACUGGACACUGGGAAAUCUCACAAAAUCUUCAGUGUCAGAGUUCUGGGAGAGACAAGUGUUGUCCAUAUCUGCAGGAAUAGAGGAGCCUGGUGCAGUAAAAUGGGAGGUGCUGCUUUGCCUCCUGGCCUGCUGGGUGGCCUGCUACUUCAGCAUCUGGAAAGGCGUCCGCUCAGCAGGAAAGGUGGUGUAUUUCACAGCUGUUUUCCCUUAUGUGAUGUUGGCCAUCCUGCUGGUCAGGGGAUUGACACUGCCAGGAGCCUGGGAGGGCGUGGUCUAUUACCUGUAUCCAGAUCCUUCUCGUCUGGCAGACCUUCAGGUCUGGAUGGAUGCUUGUGCUCAGGUCCUCUUCUCGUAUGGUGUUUCGUCAGGGAGCUUGAUCACACUGGGCAGCUACAACAGAAAAAACAACAACUGUUACAAGGACAGUCUGUGGUUGUGUGCGCUGAAUAGUACCACCAGCUUUGUUGCCGGGUUCACGGUUUUCUCAGCUCUGGGCUUCAUGGCCUAUAAACAGGGAAUUCCUAUUAACAUGGUGGUGGAAUCAGGCCCUGGGCUGGCAUUCAUUGCAUUUCCUCAGGCUGCAGCCAUGAUGCCAGUUCCUCAGCUGUGGGCAGCAUGCUUCUUCUUAAUGCUCAUUUUGUUGGGGAUUGAUACAGUGUUUACAGGCUUGGAGACUAUAACAUCAUCAGUGAUUGACAUGUUCCCAGGACAGAUGCGCAGACCUUGGCGCAGAGAAGUCUUCCUCAUAGUCUUCUGCUUAUUCUGCUUCAUCAUACAGAUCUCCCUCACCACUCAGGGAGGAGUCUAUCUGUUCCAGCUAACUGACCACUAUGCUGCUAAUGGAGCAUGUAUAUUAUUCGUGGGUCUGCUCCAAUGUGGGGCUGUUGGCUGGGGCUUUGGGGCUGAACGGAUGUGCGAUGUAGUUGAAGAUAUGACAGGACACAGGCCAUCGGUAUUCUUCAAGCUGUGCUGGCGUUACUUCACCCCCCUGAUCUCUGUGGUUUGCUUCGUCGGCUUCUUUCUGGACUACCAGCCCCUGACAUCCAACGGGGGCUACAUGUACCCAAACUGGGCCUACCAUCUGGGCUGGGUCAUGGCCCUCUCCUCUGUGGUUGUAGCACCCAUCUGGGCUGUUAGCAAGAUCUGCCUCAGCAAGGAACCCCUCAGAAAGCGCGUGAUGGAUAUCUGGAGGCCUGUUGAUGUCCCCACGAUGAGAACAGAAGAUAUCCGAAAUGAAUUAGAGAUUAAAGCAAUGUCACUUACUGAGAUGUGAAUAGACAGAGUAUUUCUGAUGGAAAAGAUAUUCAUCUAUGUAUUCAUAUUCUUUACUUAAUAAAUAUUACUAGAAAAUAAAGCUUUGAGAUUUGAGUGCUCAGAUAAA